UCAUGCAGAAAGGACAACAGGAUAAAAUGGUCUCAAGGAAUUCGCGACCGCCCACUGCCUUUUCGGUGGCAUCUAUAAAUCAAGCCGCCGAAGCCGAUGACGUUGAAAACCUCCUACACAAUAUUGUAGAUGGCGAUUCUCUUCCUUAUAAUGAAUUCGGUGAGCAGGAUCAGCAAUCGGAGGACGAAAAGUCUAUAGUUCCUCAAGAUAAUGAGGACGCAGGAAACAUCGAACACCGAGUUGAUGCUGGAGAUUCUUUGUUCAAUAAUACAAUAGAUGAACAUGGCCAGAAGUCAGGGGAUGAAGAGCCUAUAGCAACUCAAGAUAAUGAGGACGCAGGAAACUUCGAAUACCAAGUUGAUGCUGCAGAUUCUUUGUUCAAUAAUGCAAUAUUUGAACAAGGUCAGAAGUCUGGAGACGUAGAGCCUAUAGCAACUCAAGAUAACGAGGACGCAGAAAACAUCGAACAUCAAGUUGAUACUGGAGAUUUCUUGGUAUAUAAUGGAAUAAGUGAUCAGGACCAGCAAUCAAGUAACGAAGCGCUAAUUAAUUAUCAAGAUAACGUUGAGCCAGAACUUUUCACGAACGAACUUCCUGCAAGCGAAACUCACGGUACUCUCAGAGAUUUAACAAGCGCGAAGUUUCAAGAAGAGCCGGAGGGUUCUGGACAGGUGACGAACGAUAGUGAGGAGGAAGAAGAAGUCCCGGCGAAUGCAAAAGCGUUCGUAUUUGCCAGUAGAUUAAACCUACAAGUUCAGGAUCAACAGGAUUUUCACGAGACUCAACAUGAAUCUCACCAAGAAUCUGCUACUGAAGAAGAUGAAAAAAUAAACCAUUCCGCAGCCCAAUUACAUUCCAGUCCAUAUUCAGCAGAACAAUUAAUUCAACCUAUAGACCACACUUCUUCAGAAAUGGAGGGAUACGAGCAUCAAGGAUUUAAAAAAGAUGAAGAAUUUCAAAUGGCAGGUAGAUCUCUCAGAAGUAGCAUGCGUAGAAAAGGCAGUGGUUUGCCGAAAAACGUAACAAGUGUGCCUGAAGAGGCUGAAGAUGAUGAGGAAGAACACCUUGGUAAUGCAGAAGGAGGUUUGAAGCGACGCUCUUCUCAAGAAAAGAAUAAAUCUGGAAACAACGAGGCCGUAAAGUCAGCAGGUAGAAGAGGAAUUUACUCUCUGUCCUACAAUAAAUCAAGCGACCGUAAACUCCGCGAAAACACUAACGAGAUCAACGCUCAAAAUGAGGACGAAACUUUCGGGAAAAUGGAGAGUGAAUCAGAAAAAAAUAAAGCCAAACGCAAGUGGUCCUCAGAAAACAUCACAAAAAGCCCGGCUGUUCCAGAGAAUCUGGCUAGUGAAACAAAAGCUGAAUCGAACUCGGGAAAAGAUGGCCAAGAUGAUAAAGAGCCUCGACAAGCGUCGCUGCUGCUUGUCGGCCCUAAAUCGGCGGGGAAGACAACGCUCAUGUACAACUUCCUUGACCGUACUGAGACCCCGAAGCCGACGCUCGCCAUCGACUAUAUGUACGGCAGGAAGCAGGGACGUAUCUCAAUGGUUAAAGACGUGUGCCACCUGUGGGAGCUGGCAAGUGGAACUAUGGACCAGCUGCUGAGUACGGUCAUCUCCAGCUGCAGCCUCAACAGCCUUGCCAUCGUCGUGGUGUUGGAUCUGUCACGUCCAGAACUUGCCUAUGAUGAACUCGUCACCAUCAUUGCCAAGCUCAAAUCCGAGAUAAGCGACGCAGUCAAGAAGGCGAGCGUCCUGGACCCCUCAUUGGCCAGUCGUCUCCAGCAGGAGGCGUGGGCCCGCGUUGGGGCUGAACAUCAGGAUCGAGCUCGCAUCGAACCCUUCCCGGUGCCGCUGGUGGUGGUGGGGGGCAAGUACGACAUCUUCCAGGACCUGGAGCCUGACAGCAAGAAGGUCUUGUGUCGCGGCCUCAGAUUCGUGUGUCACACAAACGGUGCAGCGCUGCAGUUCUUCUCGUCACGGGACGGCGGGCUGGUGAAGAAAGCAAAGGAAAUUAUGUCGCACUACGGGUUCGGGUCUGCAGAAGUGAAAUCUCUGGCGCAAGACUACAACAGACCCCUGAUCGUCCCGUGCGGCAGCGACAGCCUACAGGUCAUAGGGGGCGGGGGCGACAACCCCGCAGGGAUGACCACCGAGUAUUGGAGGAACGCCAUUGCCACCAAGUUUCCCAAGCCGCAAGACGACAAAGGAUCUCGUGCGCGCUUGCCAGAUGAUCCUUCCAGAGACUCGAACUACCGAGAGCCUGACGUGGAUAAUCUUCGUGCCCAGAAAGAUCAGGAGCUGGAGAGGCUGUGUCGUGAGGCAGGACGUCUCAACGAACGCUACGCAGACCUCGAGCUGUGAACACAACGUAAACAAACCAUCAGUAAUUCAACCGUACAAGCUCGGUUGUUUUUCAAUCGUUUUUCGACCAUGCAUUCAUCCUCUCAUAGUACGUGAUUGGCCCAAGAGGCGCAUUAAUCUAAAUUUAAUUAGAACGUGGAAUUUUUAUGUAUAAGGUUUAAGCUCACGACGAUAAACAAAGAAAAAUGUACAACUCAAUAGGCACGAAUGAGGCCAUCUAAUUUAUAUGGCAAACAUAGCAAGGGCUCAGCGGAAUAACUUUUAUUAAGAAACCAUACUAAAUAACAUUCAACGAUGAUCGAGAAGUAGUAAAAGCUGUCAUUACUCACAACAAUAAAAUGCGUUGACACGCUGCCUUCGUUUGCCCAGACGCAAUUCAUAGCUCGAAUAUUUCACGUCCGUCGCGAAUGUUUACUUCAAUAGCAAAAUUAUCAUACACGUACAGCACGUGUACGAAGAAUGUACCUAUCAGUGUACACAUGUACCAAUAGAUAUGUAACGCAUGCAUGAAAAGCCAACCUAACUAAAGCUAGGCUGUGAAAUCUAGUUUCACCUGCGCACAGCUCCUUCCAUCCCCGAAACAAGAAUCGAAAUUCGCAAGAAAGAAAAUAAAAAUAAUUCAAUCAAUCGCAAGUGCCUUCAGAGACGACUUAUGAGCUUGGAUCUCUAGUCCAGCUGAGCAUAGCAGUACACUUAACAAGUUACCGUGCCAUCCAACGACUGCUCUUGUCUUCAUGUUGAUUCAGUGACAAGGCGCCUUCACUAGUUACACUACAUCGUAACUAGUUGCUAAAUAAGUGACGUGGUAGCAUGUAACUUAGAUUCUAUGGAAAACAGCACGGCGCCUUCACUGGUAACACUACAUCGUAACUAGUUGCUAAAUAUGUGACGUGGUAGCAUGUAACUUUAAUUCUGUGGAAAACCGCAAUGUGCCUACACUAGUUACACUACAUCGUAACUGUCUGCUAAAUAAGAGUGACGUGGUAGCAUGUAAGUUAAAUACCAUAUAGUCUAUCCUUGGGAAUGUUCAAAGUAUGAAAAAAUCGCACGUAUUAUCUACAUUCCUUGAUCUUCACAAAGCUCUAAACCGAAUACAAUUAAUCUGCGUUAAAAUUAUUCUUAAGAGUUAAUGGACGUCGAAUAACUUCAACAGAUGAGAUAUAUUUGCACUUUUGGCUCAAGCGAUGUGGCAAGCAAAUUGUCAUAUGCAUUACAAUGAAUUAAAU